AUGUCUCAAGAAUACAAGUUAAAAGACAUCUCGUCCUUCGCAUCCCUCAACUCUCUAGAUAAGAUCGAAGCCGAAAUCGAGGGCAUUGAGGGUGGGAAAGUUCUUCUCAUUAAGCUGGAUGACAAAGUCCAUGCCCUCAGUCCGCGUUGCUCCCAUUACGGAGCACCGCUGAAGAACGGCGUCGUUACCGGAGAAGGGAGGCUUACAUGUCCCUGGCAUGGAGCCUGCUUCAAUGUCACAACCGGUGAUGUCGAAGAUGCCCCAGCCCCCAAUGCGUUGAACAAAUUCGAAGUGUUCGAAAAAGAAGGCGGCGUAUACAUCCUUGCCAAAGAAGAAGAUGUCAAAGCAGGACAGCGCAAUCCAGUAGUGAAAUGCAGUGUGUCAGAGCCGAAGGAAAAGGUUGUUGUGGUUGGAGGAGGAAGCGGAACUCUUGGCCUUGUCCAAGCCCUCCGGGAGCUAAAAUACCCUGGGGCGAUUACGAUCAUCUCCCAAGAGCCUGACCUAAUCAUAGAUCGGACCAAGCUAUCCAAAGCCCUAAUCACAGACCCCGCCAAGAUCCAAUGGCGGCCACGAGAGUGGUACACCGAAGCUGCCAUAGAAACCAUCACAGAUGAAGUGACAGCCGUGGACUUUGAGCAGAAAUCCAUCUCCACCAAAUCCGGCCAGAACAUCUCUUACACCAAACUAGUCCUCGCAACAGGCGGUGUCCCACGCACCCUCCCUCUCCAGGGCUUCAAAGGCGAACUAAACAACAUAUUCACCCUCCGCACGAUCCAAGACGUGCAGUCAAUCCCUCACAGCCGCCGGCUCGGAGAAAAGAAACAUCGUGUAGGCAUGGAAUCCUCCCCAAUGGAGCGCGUAAUGGGUACACAAGUCGGCCGCAUCUUCCAAUCAAACCUAGAAAAAGCCGGCAUCAAAUUCAACCUGUCAGCAAACGUAAGCCACGCAACAGCCUCCCCGUCAAACACCCACAACGUCGGCGCAGUCCACCUAAAGGACGGGACGACCCUCCCAGCCGACCUGGUCAUCCUAGGCGUGGGUGUCCGCCCAGCAACGGACUUCCUCCGCGACAACAAAUCCAUAACCCUCGAAAAGGACGGCUCUAUCAAAACAUCCUCCCACUUCCUCGUCCCAGGCUUGCAAGACUCUGUCUUCGCUGUCGGUGAUAUAGCAACAUACCCCUACCACGGCCCUGGCGCUGAUGCUACGGGCUCGCCAGUCCGCAUCGAGCACUGGAACGUCGCGCAGAAUGCGGGCCGUGCGGCUGCGCGCGCGAUUGUGCAUGCGCAGCGUGGCCCACUGUCGUCCUUGAAAUAUAAGGCGUUUAUUCCGGUGUUUUGGUCCGCGCUUGGAGCACAGCUGCGGUACUGUGGAAAUCCAGUAAAUGGGUAUGAUGAUGUUAUAUUGCAAGAGAAAGGAGAGGGGAAGUUCGUUGCGUUUUAUACGGCUGGGGAGACCGUUGUGGCAGUUGCUACUAUGGGGGUUGAUCCCGUUAUGACGAAGUCUUCGGAGUUGAUGAGGGUUGGGAAGAUGCCAGGAAAGGCAGAGAUUGUUGACGGUGCGGAUGUUUUGACCCUUGAGGUUUAG